AUCCCACUCUCUUGCUAUCUUCUACCCCCCAUCCGACCUUUUCUGUCUUGCGCCGUGUCCGUGGAGGAUCUUGAUCUGAUUCGCCCGCCAUGGCCGACUUCGUCGACCCCCGGAUGUCCUCCAUCAAGCCCCGCAUCCGCUACAACACGAUCGGAGGUAUCAACGGACCGCUGGUUGUCCUCGACAAUGUCAAGUUCCCCCGUUAUAACGAGAUUGUGUCCCUGACGCUUCCCGAUGGCACGGAGCGCUCCGGUCAGGUACUGGAGGCUCGAGGAAACCGAGCUGUUGUGCAGGUGUUCGAAGGCACUUCAGGCAUCGAUGUUAAGAAGACUAAAGUCGAGUUCUCCGGCCACAGCUUGAAGCUGGGUGUGUCCGAGGACAUGCUGGGUCGUGUCUUCGACGGUUCAGGCCGUGCCAUCGAUAAGGGCCCCAAGGUGUUGGCGGAGGACUACCUGGAUAUCAACGGACAGCCUAUCAACCCGUACUCUCGAGUCUACCCCGAGGAAAUGAUCUCCACCGGUAUCUCCGCUAUCGACACCAUGAACUCCAUCGCCCGUGGACAGAAGAUCCCCAUCUUCUCCGCUGCCGGUCUUCCCCACAACGAAAUCGCUGCUCAGAUUUGUCGUCAAGCUGGUCUGGUCAAGCGUCCUACCAAGGAUGUCCACGACGGUCACGAGGAGAACUUCUCGAUUGUCUUCGCUGCUAUGGGUGUUAACAUGGAGACCGCCCGCUUCUUCACUCGCGAUUUCGAGGAGAACGGCAGUAUGGAGCGUGUCACUCUGUUCCUGAACUUGGCCAACGACCCCACCAUUGAGCGUAUCAUUACACCUCGUCUAGCCCUGACCACCGCCGAAUACUACGCCUACCAGUUGGAGAAGCACGUCCUGGUCAUCAUGACUGAUCUGUCGGCAUACUGUGACGCUCUGCGUGAGGUUUCUGCUGCCCGUGAGGAAGUGCCCGGACGUCGUGGUUACCCCGGUUACAUGUACACGGAUUUGUCGACUAUCUACGAGCGUGCUGGCCGUGUUGAGGGCCGUAACGGAUCCAUUACUCAGAUUCCCAUUCUGACCAUGCCUAACGAUGAUAUCACUCAUCCUAUUCCCGAUCUCACAGGUUACAUUACUGAGGGCCAGAUCUUCAUUGACCGUCAACUCGCCAACAAGGGUGUCUACCCUCCCAUCAACGUGUUGCCUUCGCUGUCACGUCUGAUGAAGUCCGCUAUUGGUGAAGGCCGUACCCGCAAGGAUCACUCCGAUGUGUCUAACCAGCUGUACGCCAAGUACGCCAUUGGUCGUGAUGCCGCCGCCAUGAAGGCAGUCGUCGGUGAGGAAGCCCUUUCCUCCGAAGACAAGCUGUCCCUGGAGUUCCUCGAUAAGUUCGAACGAACCUUCAUCAGCCAAUCUCCAUACGAGUCUCGCACGAUCCACGAAUCCCUCGACAUCGCCUGGAACCUCCUCCGCGUCUACCCCAAGGAGCUGCUCAACCGUAUCCCCAAGCGCGUCCUGGACGAGUUCUACGCCCGCUCCGCCCGCAAGAUCGCCAACAAGGAUACCCGCGACAACUCGGGCGAGCAGCAGCAGAGCAGCAACCUCAUCGAUGCGUAGAUGUAGAAGUGGCGGCAGGUGUAUUUUCUGGAAUAUCUCGGGAUUUUAUGUUGUUCGCGCUUGAUGGGGGAUGAAAGAAGCGCGUGGGUAUCCUGGGACCAAACGUUUCCUGUGGGGGCCUGCUUGAUCAUUUGUUCCCAUUGCAUAUACUCUUCUGUGCGGUUGUAUCUGUUUUCAGCUUUCUGUUCUCGCUUUUCUUUCGCGUGUUUGACCCGAUCUACCCUCCCAAUACAAUUUUUGGAUCCACCUUAUGAAAUAUUCUAUCUAUAGACUACGAAACACUGAAUUGAUUAUCGUCUAGAAUUACGAUGUGGGAUGAUCAGCC